CACAGCGUGUUAAAAAACGGCAACCCGCAUACACUCGUUUAACUACGGCAGAAGGGUGAACUGGAAUAACUUGUCCUGUGUACGCCUGAUCGGGGAGUAGUGUAUACGUUUCAGCGAGGGGUCACGUAAUACGUGUGGAUAUUCCAUUAAAACAUGAAGGGCCUGAUCAGAUCUUGCAUCGUACCACACAUGGUGGUAGUCUUCAUCUGCACCUCCUGCUCUGCACUCCCCGCCGUCGUUCUAGAUGGAAACCUGGACGAUUUGAGAAAAAGGACUGAAAUACGCGAGAGAAGAGGCGGAGGUCUUCGCCACCUCCUUGAAAACUAUCCUCCUCACCUAAGAGAUAGCGUACUUUUCCAAGACGAUCUGACGGAGCCAAAGAUCGUCAGACCGCCAUCACCUCAGAAAGUAGUCACAGUGCACAUGUUUAAUUUCACAGACCUUAUUUCGUCGCCACUAUUUAUGUCUCCUCAUCUGUCGUUUCGACGAACGGCUUUAUAUCCUUCUCAUGGACAAGACUUGUACAUAGAUUUCAGUAAAACGUUACGGGAGAAAUCUAGAAGUAAACGCUCGGUUCACGCAGGGCAGGAAGUAAGCGUCUGCGACGAAAAACAGGAAUAUAAACACAUCAGCGAACCCUUGAACGACUAUAAAAAUCGCGAAGUCGAGGUACUGCAAUCUUUUAUUACACCUGACUUGAACAAAGGGGAAGUGAUUAAUCAGUUUUUCGCGGUGACGACAUGCAACGACAGUCGUGGAUCGGAGGGAGGGUGCAGAGGUAUCGACAAAGCACACUGGACGUCAUCGUGUGUGACCAAGAAAUCCAAUGUUCCUGCAAUUGUUAGAAUUGGUGGGAAGCUCGAGUAUACGUUUAUUGCCAUUAACACUUCAUGCAACUGCGCUUUGAAAAAGAAACCACGGUCAGCGAACUCUGAGUUCAUCAAGGCUGAGAGGACCAUGUGUGAUAUUUUUCAGCAAACGUUGGCAGAAGUCACGAAAGAACAGGAAAAGGCAGAAGGGGAGGGGCAAGGGAGGGGGGAGGUAGGAGAAAUCGAUACAGAUAAUGGCAGGAAAACUGAGACCAGCACGGCAUCAGGAAGCGCAGACGACGCCCAGGCAAGAAAAGAAAGAAGAAGACACCAAAAGCAAACGAGCAAAGAAUCCAAGAAGAGCAGACGAAGACGAAAAAGGAGAAGACAAAGAUCAAGGGAAAGAAGAACAAGACGAAGACAAGAUAACCCUCCUACAGACUUAUCGUCUCAAAACAACAAACGGACUCCUAAACGAUCUAGACAAGAUUCCGACUAGUCUAGCCACCUGAAUAACACUUGUUGCCAAAUACUGACCUCUUUAUACUUUUCUCCGAAUAAAGUUCUCUUUGAUUUAUUUGUUAAAGAGAGCGAUAUUAAAAGAAGACCUUCAACAAUUGCGUUGAUUAUUAAGAACUUUGUUGGUAAAACUCCAACAACUCACGUUGGUGUCGGCACUGGCUGCUACAAUGUACAAAAGAAGUUAAAGAACGAAACAUCUGAAGAAAAUUGGAGGCUCUCAUUGGGAUUUGUUGAUGGAGCACACCAUUACCUUACCUGUAAUUCCGCACACCUGUGGAUGUACCCUGAAGAGACAAGAUAAUGGGAAAUGAAGAUGCACCAAGGGACAACGGGUCCACACCGAGGCAACCACAAUGGUUUGCAAGAUUUCAAGAUGGUGCUGUCACGUAAGGUCAAAGGUCAAACCACCAUAGGACAUCUCUCUCAUAAGUGGCACAGCAGGGAGCCAAUCAGGGCACAGCGGGUGUUGUCCGUCGCCAUGGAGACGUAAGCUGCCUAGGGUGAAACCCUGAGUUGUGAUAUACGGGAGCACAGUGUCUAUGUCCCUUUAGCUAAGGGCAAAACCCGCCGAAUCUGCAGCCUGAUGGCACAAAGUUUUGCCUGCACGUAAAGUUCUACGGCGUGUCUAUGCGCUCCAAAAUUCGUCGGAUUCCCUACGAGUUCGUAUGGAGGCGGUACUUACCACUUACGGAUCCCAAAAGUUUGUCCACGUUUUGGCACAUAGACAGCACGUAUUUGCACGUACGGCGGGUUGUGCCCUUAGCUUUACGGGAACACAACGUCAAUGCCCAUUUUCAACAUACACGAAUUAGAUACGAAGGGCCUAGUAAAGCGUUGUGUUGUAAGUUACCGUCUAGGAAUUCUCUUGUCUUUCUAAAAAGAUGUUAUCCCAAGUGAUUUAACAAAAUAAAGUUUGGCAAUGUAAAAUUGUAAUGCACUAGGCACUUUUAUUCUAUCAUUAAUUGUAACUAGACAAGUAACCAUAUUGCACAAGCGUUACUACAUUAUCAGAAAAUGGACAAAGAAUAACCGUAUGUUUAAUACACAUUCUGUGUUCUGUAAAGCCUAAAACUAUAAGGGUGUUUAAAAGUAUACGGCAUUCCGUCACAUAGACUUAAAAAGGCAAUUAAGGGCCAGUUUAGUUUGUGGUUGCGCAGUUCAGAUCAUGGGGAGGGGGGCUGUGACAUGACGAAGUAUCUCUGCCUUGCCACUUUAAGAAUGGCAUUCCUUCUGGUUUCUAUUCUAGUCCGGACCUCUCCUCAAAUACGCCUGCCCUCGGGCCGUACUUCACCCACCCUGCCAAGUCUCUGUCUCACUUUGUUUACAUCUAACCUGGUACCAGCUCAUCGUGGGCUUCACGUGGUAUCCUCGGUAAUAGAAGUGGUAACCACCCGCCAAUUUUACUCAGUGCACCCGGUGAAAUUUUACGGAGUGCUAAUAGUAGGACUUAAUACCGUUAAAAAAACAAAUAUACCAUGCCCUAAGGAUGGUACGCGGGUAGUUUUUCCCCGGUUUACGUAGACUAGCCCUAUUCCUAAGUGUAGUGGACCAUGUAUGUUGUAGACAUAAAUGUGUAAUAUAAGUAGUGUAGUACAUAAAGUGUUCGCAAGUCACCUUGAUACAAGCCCUAGAAAAUGAUGUCCACUGGGUCCUUGAAAAUAUCAUUCUAAGAUCUUAAUCAAAAAGACGUUAUCAAAUCAAAUUCUUCUUGAUCCACAAAUGAAUCAAAGUAUGUCUCCUCAUCUUUUAGUGUCAAAUUUCAUCGACCUUUUCCUGAUAUAAUUAUCUUUAAUUGCAAGUGAAUUUAAUUGAAGGUGUGAUGUUAUCUGUUUCCUGUAUGUCACCACGGCCUUUAUUAUGACCAGUCUUUGUUACGUAUCAAAUUCCCUGACCUCAAUCUUUUAACUGUCCGUCCAAACUCUUAAAAAAUUCAGUUUAUUUACAAUUUCUGAGGUCAUUAGGGCUGUGUCAAGUUUUGAUACUAAAUCUCCUAGAAAAAUAUUUUAUGACCUUUUUAAGAUGAUUAUUUUCUUUUAUAUGGUGUUACAUAUUUUAAUGUAGUUAAAGCUUUCUAAUAUAGAAACUUGCAACAGUUAUUACCAUUUCCAUAUCUAUCAAAACUGUGGUAAACAAUGCGAAAUGACGAUAAAAGCUCCUUGGUGAGACAGGUUAGAUUUUUAAAUUCCUGUAAUUGUUUUGAAAUAUUAAGCACAGAAAAGUGAUAUAGACUAAAGAAAAUUAUCUCAAAAUUGUUUAGCUUGCAUCAGUAUGGACUCGUCUAUAAGUGAGUAUUUUGCGAUGAUUGUAAAGAAUUCAAAAAUUUUAAGUUAUCGCAUCAUCAUGAUAUUGAUAAACAUCAACAGUCACGUUUGACCCUGCAUGAACUAACGCCCCCCUCCCCACCUCCACCGUGUCAGAGUUCAAAUCCUAAAUAUGAUUGAUGAGAUUUUAACUGGCACCUUUGUGGAGACAACAAUCAGGAACGUGGUAUUCCAACCCGCCGGCGUUUUUAAAUUAAAUAAAAACAUAACAUGACAGCUUCUGUCACUUCCUUAUCGCCUCCCAUCGUACCCAGGGUACCUUGAGUAGAGUGAUCUGGGUACGAUACUGGUGAAAGCAUGCAAAUGUAUUGUCAACAUGCUCUCUGUUGUAUGUCUUCUUUAUGUUCCAUAUUUACGGGAAUCCUGUCACCUGCUAAAUGUUCUUCAAGAAUUUCGCCAAUGCUGAUGCAGAUUAAUGCAUUUUGUUAUGGUUGUAACAGGAAUAGACCAAGGCUACACAGCCUACAGCCUUGUCCACCAUUGUCAAAGGGUAGAAAUGCAAACUGAGCAAAAAAUGCAAACAUUUGAAGUACAUGCAUCCAAUCUCUCAUUGGUAGAACCUUUAAUUGCAAUUUUCUUAUUGGUCAUUCUUUUAACUGUGAUGGGCGUCCACUAUUGGUCUAUGUUUUGUGCUUUUAUGUCAGAAAUAGCUGGUGGCUUUGUCAUCUUGUCGCCAUAGUGACAAAGUGUAAACAACAAAAAUGGCUUCUACCUGUUGAUAUAUGUCAUCCCUUGCAACAAAGAAUAACAGUUAUUAAUGUUGACGUACUGAGUUAACUAUGUAUUGUAUUAUUGUACUUUAUUUAUUAAUUUAUCUGGCAUGAUAUUUAUGCCGAAGAUGCUAUUGUAAAACCAAGGGCUGGUUUUGAUCAGUGGUAUAUCAAAGAAAAGUGCAGCUAUGUCGAUAAUAGAAAUUAGUUACGUGCAAUGAAUGUUAUUAACAAUACGCACCUACUGUAGAUAUGUUAAUUAGUUUAAGAAGGGGGCCAAUGCCAUUGGCUACUGCACAUACAUUGCCUUAUGUGGAGAUUCUGUAGGCUCCGGAAAAUGUUACGAACGUCCGAUGAAACAACAAACUAAUAUUGUCAAAAUUACACUUACAACGUGCAACCACCAUUUCCACCGUAUAGAUCUACAAGUUAUCGUUAAAUUUCCUAUAGACUUUCUGGCUUGAAUAAUUUUGUUUCUAUAGAUAAGUAUAUUUUCCUUGGCGAGGUAGAAUUAUACGAAAUAAUGUCCGAUCUAGAUUAAUGAAAAACACCUUUUUUUUGUACACAACCAUUGCUUCUUUCCAUUUAUAUGAUCCUUUGUUACCUUCCUCAGGGCAAUUCUGAUUUUAUUGUACUGCAGCAGUAGGUGUCGCUUCUUACAGAUGCAGCCGCAAACGUAAAACAUUUGCAUACAUAUAUGUAAUGCAGUGUUUACGAUGGCGUCUCAAAUAUAAAGGCGUCUUAUAUACAGACAUUUAAUAGUGUGACAAUUAUUAUCUAAUUCUUAAUUCCUCUCCAUCCAAGGAAGGUGACAGACGGUCACCGAAACGUAGGUGGAGUUGAGACAUAGUUGUGUAUAGGGCUGGGAAUCAGUACAAGGUACCGGUACAGAACCGGUUUUUAUUAUUGGACCGGUCCAGAAAAACCGGACCUGAAAAAAUUAGGUGGACCGGAUGUUGGACCGAUUAGAAA